ACGGUCCCUUAAUAUAACUUCGAAAGUUGUACGAAAAAUGAACCAAAGAAGUACAGUUUUAACCAGGCCAGGCCAAAAUUAGAUACUCCAUCUUUCGACGCAAACGGUGAAAUUCUUCCUCCUCGUUAACAGGAUAAAAAAUUUUGCACCGCCCCAUUAUAUGACAUCCCUACAUCCAAGAACUGGUUUUCUUGACUAGAUGGCCUUCGGUGAAACAGUCGGAACAUGUUUGGUAAAACAUAGUGAUCAUUUACUCGUAUAAAGUUGGGAACUCGGGUCUAAUAGGACUAGUGUACGCUUGGAAUUGUCGGGUGCAUCAACGCACUGCGGAGUUCCACAUGCGUAAUAAUAGCAACAAUAAUAAUAUUAAUAAUAAUAACAAUAACAAUAACAGUAAUAAUACCAUUAACGUUGAACGCACUUGGUACAUCGAGGACUCGGAGCACCAUGAAUUACCGCGUGCUGCUUUUCGGCUGCAUGGUUAUUUCUGUGACGAGCCGUCGCGUUUGUGAAUGUCCAAUUUUUUACGAUUACCCAUUCCUUGAAGACUACCCGAUUGUCGAAUACCAGUCACCAGAAUCACCCGAACCUACUAAAGGACCUUCUCUGUCGACUAUGGAGCGUCGGACCACUACGUCGAAAUUGACGAGCACCACGCUACCACCUCGCACAACUGAAAGGACUUAUCCGACUUUGCCCAGCAGUCCUAGCACUUCAACGACUGGUCCUUUACCACCACGUAUAAACAAAUUGCCACCGUUGGUUCCUUCGCCAGGACCUGUGAUUUCGAGAAAUAAUAAUGAUUUGAGCCGGACUCUGGAGAUGCAUUCACGAGAAACAUACUGUCUGAGCUUACUGGACAGAUUAAUAUCGGACCAAUGGCAGGAAGAAAUUGGCAGAAUUUCAAUUGACGAUUUAGGAAAUUUUUCAACUCUGUACAAAGUGCCGGAAUUCAGCAACUUGUACAGUAAUCCUGAAUCGGAAUGGAUUCAACAAGAAGGAAUGCCUUGGAACAAACUAGAUAAAUGCGUUAGAAAUCUGGUCAGCAAAAUUGCCCCGAGAAUGGAUCAGUCGGAAAUUCAAUGUUUGAAUAGAAUGUUUUCAGAUUACAUGGUCAAGGAGAAUAAGACCGCUAGAUUAUACGAAAACUAUAUCAGCGAAACUUCGAUGGAACAACUUCCCUUCAAAUCAUUUUAUACUUACUAUGAGCUUACAGAGCUACUGUUUGACAACAAGAAUAUCGACGCUCUGGACGACGAGGUCAGAGCGAUUCACGAAGACAUGUUGGACUUUUACAUUAAAACCGAGGAGGAUAAAUCAAAGAAAAUUUUCAUAGUAGAACAAGAAUGCGAGUGGAAGAACGCGAGGGCAAUCAGGGAAGUGAAUAAUGAGGACGCUCGUUUCCAAAAGUUUGGCGAACAAGUUAAAUAUCACGUGAACAAGUAUCUGUUUGCGGAAAUUCUGCAUAAAUGGUUGCCGGGAUCCCUUAUUUCGAAAUUGAGAUACGACGAGUUGGACGAAGCGAGGCAGGUAAUGGAUGCUGCGAUUCGGGAGAAAAUACAGGAGCUUCGAAGAGACAGAAAAGAUGCACAAUUUCUUUGCACAUACGCAGCACAGUUUGCAAAUGAUUUUUUUCUGAAGCAAAAAGAGAUAAUCUUUCGAAAUGUAGAGGGUGAGGCCCAAUCCUCUUAUCUAAUGACACGAAAAAAGUUCGCCAAUCUUGAAGGGAUAAAUGGAGCGCUGAUUGGAAAAAAUGACGACCGUGAAUCGCGCGUCAAGGCAUUAUUGCAGGAGUACCGGGCAGGCUAUUACUGUAUUGCAAAUUUCGUAAAAAUGAUCGAAAACCAUCAGCGCUACGCUAUAGGCACCGUUUUUCUCGGUGAAGUACCGCCCCAUGGGUACACGUACUGUAACAUAAAAGAAAUGUCGGCAGAGUUGGUUCAACCGCGAUAUUGUAGGUGUCAAGGUACUUUCUGCGAGGAAUUUGGUCUCGCAACAGUGCGGGCUGAACGAUUCCAGCUGAAUUUACUUCCGAAUAAUACGUAUUCGGUUUCUACAAAUUCCUCUUAUCGUAUAAAACCUCUGGACGAACUGAUCGCAGCUGCUAAUCAACGUAUAGCAGGACAGAAAUUCAAUACUUGGUGGUAUCGCCAUCAGAAAAUGCCCGUCAAAGUAUAAUGAUCGGUUUCGAAACGUGGAAGCUUUCCAUCGCAACUGUACUGAUAUUAUAAUUGAAAAUUCAUCGAUUUCCAUUGAAUAAACAUAAAUAUUUUAAAUAAUCGAG